AUGUAUCUCCCAUCAAACAGGUCCAGUUUCUUGUCAAAACGAUAUAUCUCUGUGAUCGUGCUGGCAAUCAUCAUAUUCUUGUUUGUCACCAGUGAAUCCGGGCCGGAUCUCGACAGGCUGCGCAACCAGCUGACCGAUUUUGCUAUCCCUGGGCAGAAAGGCAGCUGGACGACACGGAGACAAUUCGUUGAUCGCGUCUUGGCCAACGACUUCUACACUACUGAAUAUGAUGGGGCGGCUGUGCGGAAGCUCUGCAGCGAGGCGAAAUGGCGCGACGACAGGGUGGUCGAGUGCAACAGGCUCGCAGGUGGUAUUGGAAACAUGAAGAUCAACCUGCUCGGCUGCGUUAGGUUCAGCAUUGAAGCUGGAGCAACGCUCAUCACGCCGGUCCUUCACCCCAGGGAAGCCUUUGAGAGAAUGGCGGACAGCUUCGGGUGGGAUACUGACCUGCCCGUCUCAUACAUGUUCGACAGCGACCACUUCUUCGACACCUUGGCCGAGGACUGCCCCCAGCUGCAGAUAGUCGACGAAGACGACCCGGCGUACAACAUCCCGCCCGAGAGCGAGGCGUUUGUCGUCGAGCCGAAGAGGCUCAUCCCCGUGGUGCACAACAACGUCCUCAUCGACCCUUCGCUAUGGAGGCCCGCGUUCGACCAGCACGUCGAGGAGAUCCUGGCCCAGAACAGCCGGCCCGCCCCGACCAGGAAGCACCCGAUCCGGAUGAGCUUCGACGACGUCGCCUUCUCGUGGCCGGUGCGGUACGACGGCGACGAGUUCCGCAGCGACUUCGGCCUCAUCGCGCGGUACCCCCGGCACAUCCGCGAGCUGUCGGCGCGCGCCCUGCACAACCUGUACACGAGGCUGGGCACGCGCCAGGGCCCCUCGGCGCCGUCGCGCGGGCUGUUCCUCGGCGCGCACGUGCGGACCGAGCCGGACGCCCAGAUCGAGGCGUGGUCCUCGUUCGAGCAGCAGGCCAGCCAGAUACGGCAGCAGGUCGUGGACAACCAGCUGGGCGCGCUGUACGUGGCCACGGGGACGGCGACCGACGUCGACCGGCUCCGGGACGCCCUGGCCGACGUCGAGGUGCGGGUCAACGACACGCACGCCGGCCCGCCCCUGGUGCUGCAGAAGUGGGACAUCCUGGACGAGGCGGACGUCAUGCUGCUGGACGAGCUCACGUGGGACCAGAUGGCCCUCGUCGACCUCGACAUCAUGCUCCGCGCGAGCCACUUUGUCGGCAUCUGGGAGAGCAGCUGGAGCUGGACCAUCGCGCUCAAGAGGCACGCCUGGGCCGAGCAGGAGCCCUAUGACUACGACAAGCACCCCACCACGUUCCGGGAUGAGCUGAGCAUCCUCUAUGGGCCGAUAGGUGCUCAGCCGGUUAUCGACCCGUGCUUUUGGUUGUAG